CCGAGGGCAGCGCCGGAAGCGAAGAAGGUGCUGUGUAAUCCUGAGGAGUUGAGGCACCUGGCGUUUCCACCAUGCCCGACUACCUCGGAGCGGAUCAACGGAAAACCAAGGAAGAGGAGAAGGAAGACAAGCCCAUCCGAGCUUUGGAUGAGGGGGAUAUUGCCUUGCUGAAAACUUAUGGCCAGAGCACGUACUCUAGGCAGAUCAAGCAGGUUGAAGAUGACAUCCAGCAGCUUCUCAAGAAAAUUAAUGAGCUCACUGGUAUUAAGGAGUCCGACACUGGCCUGGCCCCACCUGCUCUCUGGGAUUUGGCUGCAGAUAAGCAAACACUCCAGAGUGAGCAGCCGUUACAGGUUGCAAGGUGUACAAAGAUAAUCAAUGCUGAUUCAGAGGACCCAAAGUACAUUAUCAACGUGAAACAGUUUGCCAAGUUUGUGGUGGACCUGAGUGAUCAGGUGGCCCCUACUGACAUUGAAGAAGGAAUGCGAGUUGGUGUGGACAGAAACAAGUAUCAAAUUCAUAUCCCACUGCCUCCUAAGAUUGAUCCAACAGUCACCAUGAUGCAGGUGGAAGAAAAACCUGAUGUCACAUACAGUGAUGUUGGUGGCUGUAAGGAACAGAUCGAGAAGCUUAGAGAAGUAGUUGAAACUCCGCUACUUCAUCCAGAGAGGUUUGUUAACCUUGGCAUUGAGCCUCCAAAGGGCGUGCUGCUCUUUGGUCCACCAGGUACAGGCAAGACACUUUGUGCCCGAGCAGUGGCUAAUAGGACUGAUGCUUGCUUCAUUCGAGUGAUUGGAUCCGAACUUGUACAGAAAUACGUUGGUGAGGGUGCUCGAAUGGUUCGGGAGCUUUUUGAAAUGGCCAGAACCAAAAAGGCCUGCCUUAUAUUUUUUGAUGAAAUUGAUGCUAUUGGAGGGGCUCGGUUUGACGAUGGUGCUGGGGGUGACAAUGAAGUGCAGAGAACAAUGUUGGAACUGAUCAAUCAACUGGAUGGCUUUGAUCCUCGGGGCAAUAUUAAAGUGCUGAUGGCCACGAACAGACCAGACACUUUGGACCCAGCACUGAUGAGACCGGGAAGGUUGGAUAGAAAGAUUGAAUUUAGCUUACCAGAUCUGGAGGGUCGGACUCACAUCUUUAAGAUUCAUGCUCGUUCAAUGAGUGUUGAAAGAGAUAUCCGAUUUGAAUUGUUAGCCCGACUGUGUCCAAAUAGCACUGGUGCUGAAAUUAGAAGCGUCUGCACAGAAGCCGGCAUGUUUGCAAUCAGAGCACGGCGAAAAAUUGCUACUGAGAAGGAUUUCUUGGAAGCUGUUAAUAAGGUCAUUAAAUCCUAUGCUAAAUUCAGUGCUACUCCCCGCUACAUGACCUACAACUGAGCCCUGAAGGCUGUCAAAUGGAAACACUUCUUUUAUUGCAAUCCUACCUUACAUAGACGUGUUAACCAUGCAUGUAAAAAUAAAGGUUUUCAAAAUUG